AUGACGCAACCCCCGUUUGCGCCCAUGCGCAAGUCGCUCUCGGCAUCCUCGAGCCACUCGACCGAACGCAGCCCACUUCUCCAGUCAGACGCACCACUUCCCUCCACCGCACGAUCCAGGACAAGGCGUUCCUCGACCACCGCAAGACCCCUCUUGCCCCCGACCCGCGUCCAUCCAUCCCACGACAUUGAGGCGCAGGAUGACCUGCAGCACUCCGACCCGUCACGAUACGCCCCGGACCCCAACCAGUACCCCGCUUCCGCACACCUCGACGCCAUUCACGACGACGACGACGAACGGGCGGCCCUCGCAAGCACCGCCCGCAAACACAACCACCACCACCACCAUGACGACAACGACGCCGCAGCCUCUGCCAGCACCAGCGUCCUCCCCUUCCCCCACCAGCGCGACCCCGCCAAGCCCCUCCGUCCGGACCACUAUGCCGCACGCCGCCGCCUCGACUCGGCCCGCGCCUUUGUCGCGCGCAACCAGGGCCUCUGCCUCCUCGCCACGAGCCAGUUCUUCUUCAGCCUGAUGAACCUCUUCUACAAGCUCAUCUCGUCGCAGCGCAUCGACGGCGUCCAGAUUGGCGCCCUCGAAAUCAUCUUUAUCCGCAUGGCCAUCACCUGGUCCGGCUGCAUCGCCUACAUGCUCGCAGCCGGCGUCGACAACCCCUUCCUCGGCCCUGCGGGCGUGCGCGGCCUCCUCGCGCUGCGCGGCUUUUCGGGAUUCUUUGGUCUCUUCGGCCUAUACUACUCGCUGCAGUACCUCUCGCUAGCCGAUGCGACCGUCAUCACCUUCCUCGCGCCCCUCGCCACGGGCUUCCUCGGCUACCUCGUGCUGGGAGAGCGCUUCACCCUGCGCGAGUUCCUCGGUGGCAUCGCCAGCCUGGGCGGCGUCGUCCUCAUUGCGCGGCCCGCCUUUAUCUUUGGCCGCAAGGUGGCCGACGAGGACCUCGACGUGCCCAUCUCGCCCGACGCCCUCGGCAGCGGCAGCGAGGCGGCGAGCACCAACCUGGCCAAUGAGAUCGUAAAGAGGGCCGCCUCGCUCCUCCUGACGGCUAGAGAGGCUGGCCCCGGUGUGAAUGGCAGCGCAGCGACGACGACGACGACGAUGGCGCCGCCUUACGCACUGCACACCUCGAGCGCCCAUCCUGGCAGCGUGACCGAGGCAGAGAGGUUGUUGGCCGUCGGCUUGGCGCUGCUGGGCAUCUGCGGAGCGGCGGGCGCCUACAUCUCUAUCCGCGCCAUCGGCCGACGCGCAUCGGCGACGCACUCGGUGGCCUACUUUUCCCUCUACUCGACCCUCGUCAGCGCCGUCCUGAUGUGGUACACGUCGACGCCCUUUGUCUUGCCGCGCGAUCCCAAGUGGUGUCUCCUCCUGAUCUGCAUUGGCGUAUUCGGACUGCUGGCCCAGAUCCUGCUAGCCAUGGGACUGCAGCGCGAAAAGGCCGGACGCGCCAGUUCGACCGUCUACCUGCAGAUUGUCUUUGCCUCGCUCUACCAGCUCUUUAUCCUCCACGUGCCCAUCAACGCCCUCAGUGGCGUGGGCAUGUCCAUCAUCCUCGCCGCUGCUGCUUGGGUCGCCGUCGCCAAGGACUAG